GGAGCAUCAACUGAGUAAGAUUUUAAGACAAGAUACGCUUACCAACUCUCAAUUGCAGUGAUAAUGACUCAAAUAUUGAAAUGCAUCUUGUGUGUGUUCAUGUGUUGUACACGUAUUGGUAAUGGAGUUAUCAUUGCUCCGGUAAAUCCGGCAACCCCAGUUUCAGUGGGAUUGACAGCUACAUUGCCCACUGGUCAAAAUUCAUACCAGACAAAUGCUAUAAUCCAAUACAACCGAAUUCUUUGUCCGACUGCUAAUUAUAAUGAUGGAAAAUAUAUUGUUACUGUGGCUGGUAAUUACUUGGUGUCUGUUACCAUGAUGUCAGGCACUGUAACCGCCCACACUACUCUGAGGAAGAAUGGAGCUAUAUAUGUGUGGCUAUAUACUGGUAACCAAUAUGAUAUGGCAACUCAAACUGUCUGCAUGCAACUGAAAGUGGGUGACACGAUUUGGGUACAGAUGACCAACACGGCAUCGAUUCUCUUUGAUGUUUAUAACACUUUCACUGUGGUUAAGUUACCUUGAUUUAGAUGGAAUAUGAAGUUUUUAAAG